AUGGCUACUCCAGACGCACCAUGGACUAUCACACACAGUUCAACAGAUGCUGUGGCCCCAGCCUGGAUUGACUCACCUAAUAUUCGAGGAACUCUGGAUAUCCUUCAGAGUUGCAUCUUGACACUUAUUGCGUGUAUCUAUACGGCUCUUCAUCUCGAUGUCCCCGUCAAGACGGCCUGGCAUUACAUAUUUCUCUACAAGCUCAAAUGGGUUGCUAUAACCCUCUUUGCACCCGAGAUUGCUCUGUAUACGGCGGCGGAUCAGCUACAACAGGCUUGGAACCUGAGGUCGAAACUUCGAUCGUUGCAGAAAACUACUCCUUCAGAUGCAGAUCAUAGGGGACACUGGAUCCCGAUAUCGAAGAAGAAGAUCGACGAUAAGAGCAAAGCGGAUUACUUCCAGAAGAUACUAGUGGUAAUGCAGGUCAUACGGAUGGUCCUGCAGUGCAUUGCCAGGAAGAUCCAAAACCUGCCUCUCAGUUUGUUGGAGGUUCACACUAUGGUUCAUGUUGUGUGUGCGAUUUUCCUAUACUUGUGUUGGUUUAGGAAACCUCUCAACGUCCUGGAUCCUGAGAUUAUUAAGCCAGGGGCCUUCGAAGGAGAGAUAGCUCUCCUAGUGCAACGCCAGUUCUAUCCCAACAUGUCAACGAGACUGGCAUUGUUCCCUCCGCAACAACAUCCAGGUCAGCCUCCUCCUGCAAGAAGAGGUAGCUUGAUGCAGCCAGACUGGGUCACACCAAAGCCUUUCAGAAUCAACAUUGAUCAUGUCUCGAGGGUGGAGGAGAUGCAACUUCUCGAAGAAACUCCCGAAUCAUCUUCUCGAAACUGGAUAGGUUGGUCUUGGAUGCGAAGAUUAGCGAGACCUCCAGCCUAUGAAAGACUACCCGAUACUUUGGCGAAUCCACGAUCAGGGCCUUGGGUAAAGCCAGAGCCGGGGCUGGAGAUGUGGCCGGGGGAUAUCCUACCAUCUGGGCUCUUGUAUCACUCCGAGUUUGCACAUAUACCCCUUUUACUAUCAGAGCAGUUCCUCCAUCGCUGGGACGCCAUCUUGUCAACCUUUCCAUUCCACAACCGCGAGGUCCUCGUCAAGACAGCGAGUUUUGUCAAGGUAAACCGCAUCGCUUGGGACUUUGAGAUGAUCAGUCCCGCAGAUGAUGCUGGACCUCUGGCUGGCCAAGAUCUCUUCCUCGCUCGACUUCCAGAGUUCAAGCCAGUUCUUGACCCUGCGUACAGAACCAUGCCGUUCAGCGAGGGCAAACGAAACCUCGACAUCAACUUCAGCGUCUUCACAGAGAGCGAAGGCGUCUUUGGUCUCUUGGGCUUCUUCCAACAGUUCCCGUGGCUCGCUGGUCUUGCGCUGCUUCUGUCUGGUAUCUAUGGCGGUGUUCAUCUGUCAGCUUGGAACUGGGCCUUUCCCAGCUCUAUCGAGCUUUUGAUGUGGAAGAUAAGCUGCCUCUACAUUGCGGGUGCCUUGGCUUUGUAUUUUGUAAUGGCAGUACUCGCCACAGCUGUGAGGACCGAUGGAACGACGUGGCUAGUGACUUAUAUCGCAUUCUGGUUCGCCUUGUUUGUCUACAUGGCUGCCAGAUUUUAUGUUGUUUUCGAGUCAUUCUUUAGUCUGAGGCGGUCUCCUGCUGGGGUCUACAUAUCACCAGCUUGGGUUGAGAUGUUUCCUCAUUUCUAG